AUGUCUCGCGCUGGGAUUUGGUUCAAGACGGCCGUCGGCGGCCUCGCUCUAUGCGUCGGUGGACCGGCAAUGGUCCAAUGGCUUCGACCAAGCGAUGAAGAACUCGUGAAGCAGUACAGCCCGGAACUGAAGAAGCGCAGCGCGGAGCAGGGAAAUAGCAAGGAACAGGAAUUCGACGACUACGUCAAGAAGUUGAAAGAGUGGUCCAAAUCAGACAAGUCCAUUUGGUUCGCUGCGAAAGAGGAGCAGGACGCGAAGCAAGCACAGAUCGAUGCGCAGCGCCGUCGCACAAAAGAGGAGACUCGAGUACAAAGGGAAGAGAUGCGCAAGGAGAUGCUGGGCGAGAAAUGA